CGACCCAACCUGUGGACCCAACCAUCGCUUAAUUGUGAACUUGAUUUUUGUGAUUACAUAAGAUACCUAUUUAGAAAAAAAUGGGAUUACAUUUUGGAGAGCUCGCGAAAAUUCGCGGCUUGAUCACGUAUAAAAUUUCCCACCAUGAGCAACGAGCUUUUGCCGGGGCUAUUUCCAAUGGUAUACCUAACAUAUUCCGGAGAUUCCGCGAGAGUGUAUUCAAAUGGGCUCCUCCAUUCAUUAUUGGCUACUUAGUUUAUGAAGGCGUUGAACGUGAACACCAUAGACUUGGACGAAAAAAUCCUGCUGACUUUGAAAAUGAUCAAUAAAUAGUAAAUUUAUGUUAACAUAAAUCAAAAUUUCUAUUAGUUAAUAUAUAAUAAAAAAAUCUUUGUUAAUUCGUCUAUUAUUCGCAGGCUGUGUGAUACGGUCUAAAUCGUGAUUAGCCUUUGUCCUUAUCUCCUCCUAGUACCCUCGUUGAAGUCCUUUUAUCAGUGCCUAUAUAAUGCAAAAAAACCCUCUGGGAAAUAAUAACUGAUUUCAUGUUGUACGCCUGGCGUGAUGAUCAAGCCAGCGUACACCAGGCCAUACUCGAAAACGGCUUAUUGUUAAGCAACCUAAUUUUCACAGAAUUUAGUGCCCACACAUAAUGAUAGCCCAUAAAGCAACAAAGUUAAAGAAUAAGACUCAAAUAAAUAACAUUUGAAGCUUGCGUUAUGGUAGCGUACCCCAAGUAGUAGGUACUUUGAAGAAAGUGAACUUUUAAUAUAUUAUCCUUGUAUGUACUUUAUACAUGCGUGAAAUUCUGCCUCUGUUAGUUUAGUUUUAAUACAAA